AUCUGUGCGGCAGUCGUUUUAAUUCCUUUUUUUUGUAACAUACAAAGUCGUCUCUUCUGUGUGUUUUCCCCUCCGCAAGUCACAUGAUUGGAAAAUAACACAGCGUGCUCACCUAUUUAAUCUGUUUCGGAUUCCCUCAGCACACAGGGCCUUGUUGACAGCAAGAAUGAUUACGAAGAAGUGAUCAGCAAGAAAGUCUAUGGAGUUCAAUCCGAGUCAGACCAGCCUAGCUCAGUCAGCAGAAGUAGCUUGUUUUUACUUUGCUGGUCCAGCAGAAGCCACUGGCAGGUUGCGAAGUGCUUCCGUUAUGACAAGCUGCUGUGUAGAAGAUGUCCGCAUUGUCUGCGACUAGUAUCACUGAUGUUGCUAAUGGAGAAAGCAAAGAGUUUGUGUCAACCUGUGAGCUGCAGCUGGACUCCAGCACAGAGGAUUCAAGCAGCGGCCUGCUGACUGAGUGCAGGCAUGACUCCUCCCACCCUUCCAGAUUCAACGGGACAGUGCUCUGCCCUGCCCAGGACCAUGGGACUGACCUCUCCUCGCAGGAUCUCUCCCCCAGCCCUCUGAUCUGUGCUGUGACCAUGGACCCCACUGACAGGAUGAAGCUCGAAGUGGCUGCCAACAUCCUGGCUGCUAACACAGGAUGUCAGCCCAUGAAGCGCAAGAAGGGCCCGGCCCCGAAGAUGCUGGGGAACGAGGUGUGCAGCGUGUGCGGGGACAAGGCCUCGGGCUUCCACUACAACGUGCUGAGCUGCGAGGGCUGCAAGGGCUUCUUCCGCCGCAGCGUGAUCAAGAGCGCGCAGUACGCCUGCAAGAACGGCAGCCGGUGCGAGAUGGACAUGUAUAUGCGCCGCAAGUGCCAGGAGUGCCGGCUCCGCAAGUGCAGGGAGGCGGGCAUGCUGGAGCAGUGCGUGCUAUCGGAAGAGCAGAUCCGGUUAAAGAAGAUGAAGAGGCAGGAAGAUGAGACGGCCAGGGCGUCGACCCUGCCCCAGAAUCACCUUCCAGGGGCAGAAGCACCCAAGCUCGCACCCGAGCAGUUAGAGAUGAUCAAGAAACUGGUGACAGUUCAGAAACAGUGUAAUAAGAGUUCCUUCAUUGAUCGCCUCAAAGUGACGCCAUGGCCCCAGAGCCAAGACCCGCUGAACCGGGAAGUGCGGCAGCAGCGCUUCGCUCACUUCACAGAGCUGGCCAUCAUGUCUGUGCAGGAGAUCGUGGACUUUGCCAAGCAGCUGCCUGGAUUCCUGGAGCUCACCCGCGAGGACCAGAUCGCACUGCUCAAGACUUCCACCAUCGAGAUUAUGCUGUUGGAAACAUCCAGGAGAUACAACCCAGACAUAGAGUGCAUCACCUUCCUCAAGGACUUCAGCUACAACAGGGAAGACUUUGCAAAAGCAGGUCUGCAGUUGGAGUUUAUCAACCCCAUUUUUGAGUUCUCCAAGGGGAUGAACUACCUGCAUUUAGAUGAAGCCGAGUUUGCCCUUCUGAUCGCAAUCAACAUCUUCUCUGCAGACCGCCCAAACGUGCAAGACCACGAUUUGGUGGAACGGUUCCAGCAGCCGUAUGUUGAUGCACUUCAUUCCUACACCAGGAUCAAGAGACCAAAUGAUCACCUGAUGUUCCCCCGCAUGUUGAUGAAGCUGGUGAGCCUUCGCACCCUCAGCAGUGUCCACUCGGAGCAGGUCUUCGCUCUGCGGCUCCAGGACAAGAAGCUGCCGCCUCUCCUGUCUGAAAUCUGGGAUGUCCACGAAUGACCAACAGCACCUCCUUGCCCCUGCGCUGCAUUCCUGGAACCUCCCCCCAGAAAACAGACAAGAACUGCAUCAGCUGGGUGUGCCUCUUUGUUUUUCUCCUGAUUCUUUGGAGUGGAAUGAGGCUGUGCAGUGCCACGCAGAUACUCUCCGAAGCCCCAGGUAACAAGAAGCAUUGUUUUAAACCCUGGGCGUGGCAAAGCCAGACUACAACUUUAAAAAAAAAAAAAAAAAAAAAGUUUGCACUUGAGCACAGACUAGUUCUAGCUCCUUUCCACAAAGGAAUAUAAACACAGACACAAAGGCAGCAGGUG